AGUAAGGGGCUGCUUCCGAGAACAGCUUUGCCAGUCUAUUGGAAGGCCAGUGCCAUCAUGUGUCCUCUGGUAGCCAUCUCAAGCCUCAUACUACUUCUGACAGAUGCUGUAGUUUCUUAUACACAAGUGAGUGGAGUGGUGGGUCAACCUGUUACGCUUCUCUGCACCUACUCAACGGCGAAUGGAGCCAUCACGACCAUGUGCUGGGGCCGAGGGGCAUGUCCUAUGUCUCAAUGCUCAGAUGAAAUUAUCCGGACUGAUGGAACCCAUGUCACUUUUCAGAAGAACAUACGUUAUAAGCUAAAGGGAAACCUUUUGGAAGGGAAUGUGUCUUUGACCAUAGAGGAUGCAGUCCAGGCUGACAGUGACCUGUAUUGUUGCCGUGUUGAGCACAGGGGGUGGUUUAAUGAUAUGAAACACACCAUAUCGUUGGAGAUAAAACCAGUAGCUACUUCAUCUUCUCCAACGCAGACAGCAGAAACCCAGCCUACCACCCUUCAGGAAACAAGUACAACUGGGGUAGCAGUGCUCUUUUGCCCAACAGAUGCGAAUGACACUGUGACAGAGUUUUCAGAUGACCCUUGGCAUAGCAAUCAAACUCGUGUGCUGGUGGCACAGAAUGCACGGACGACCAGCAGUGGGGGGCUGUACAUUGGGAUCAGCAUUACUGUCAUGAUAUUGCUCACUCUUUUGGUGGUCAUGAUUAUCAAAAAAUAUUUGAGCACUAGAAAUAAUCAGGAGCAACUCGGCUUGAUUUCAUUUAAUGACCCUCAGACUGGAGCUUUGCAAAGUGCAGCUGAAGUGCAUGUCCGAGCAGAAGACAAUAUCUACAUUAUUGAGGACAAUCUUUACGUCAUGAAUUAAGACCCAGUGGCCGCUAAGGCUUUACGCCCUUGAUUACAGAAGACAGUGACCAAAUAUCACCAGGUUAGAGUGCUUUUAAGCUCCAGGAUGAUUUUUCUGUUGGUUUCACAUGGCAUUCCACAUGGCAGUGAUGUUGGAGAGUGUGACUCUGGCUUGUCUAUGUAAAGUCAACCUCAUCAGUUAAUAUAGUUCUAAUGUUUUAUACUAAAACUGGCUCCAUCUUUCUGAUCAUUGCAGAACUCUCUCCCAAACAAGAAAUGAACACUUUAAAACUGUAUGUUCUCUUUAGACCUUAUGAGUCCUGUAUCCAUCAAGAAUUUUCAUUGGGAAGACAGGAAAAGAACCUCUAUCUUGGUCACCAACGUUCUCAAGAAAAGUGGAAUAGGACUUAAAAUCAGCAAAUCCAAUUUGGAACUUAAAGGACUUCAUUUGGAAGCAUUUUAUGACUAUCUCUUGUUUUUUAUCUUGUAAUUCCAAAUAUUAAGUUUCUCAGGUCCCCCAAGGGUUUAAAAUCACAGGAGUGCACAGGUCUUUAUGUCCCCCAUGUGUGAUUUCGCCAUUAUAGGUAGAACUGGUUUCUCAUGGCUCUGGAAAUAUAAGGUAUUAAGUGCUUUCUCUGGGACCAGGAUGAGUAUUUUAGCAGUUAGAAGCAGCUAAGGGGGUGAGUGGACCAAGCAGAUACCAGGGGAAGAAGAUCAAUUGCCACGUGAUUUAACACAUAUAUGUUAUUUCUGCUAUAUCUGGGUCACAGUUCUAGGAAAUUAUGUGGACAAGUGUCAGGCUCUCUGCACUAGUCUUUUAGAAUGAUACAGGGCAGAAAUAAAUAAAAGGAAAAAGGAAAGGGAAGGAGUAGGGAAAAAGGCUUUCUGCCUUAGAAAAGUUGUGCAAAUAUAGUAGUGUUGUUUGAGAGUGUUACUAGUUUCAACCAAAAUUCUAAAUUGUCCCCAAACCACUUUGAUUUUUAAAAUUGUUUUGGAAGGAUGAAAGGGUUUUUUCAUAUGAAAUCAAUUCCAAUGCUAUUUUUUUUCACAAUUCAAUUAAAUUUUUGGUUUUGCCAAGAGAGUUAAACAAAGGCUAAAGGUAAGGAUAUUUUUAGUCACCAGAAGCAUUUCUACGUGAACAAGGCUGGGUAUUAAUUUCAAUAUGAGUAAAUGCUAAAAUAAAUCAUGCUUGGGGUUCAGACUACUCACACCCUAUUGGUUUAGGAGGUCAGGAUGCUUGUUUUCCAAGGCAACAUUUUUGACACUGUUCUGCAGAGUUCUAGGAAAUUAAUAGGACCUAUGAAUAAAGGUUAUGGGGGCAAAUAGAAUUGUUAAACAUUCUACGUUGGAUUUGUCAGAUGCUGCUGGCCUGAUCUGGUCUAAACAAUUUUGUUCAAACUACAAUGUUUUUCUUUUAAAUUCAAGACAAUGUGCAUAAACACAGGGAUUUCAGAUUAAAGCCCAGAUUUGUAGCGUCUCUGGAAAGACCUGGCAGCAUUUAACUGCAUUACUGUGUAGUCAGGGCCCCGUUCGAUAGCAUUACAUCCCCUCAGCCCCCCAGUUCUUGCUUUUCCUGCACACUCACGUUUGUUACCUGCUUUGUGGCUGUGGGGCUUUGAAUUUAUGACACUUGCUCUCUUCUCCAUACCCUUCCUGGAGACUUAUGAUGGCACAUUAAAGGCUCUGGGAAUCUGGUUAACUUUGUUUGCUCCAUCGUUUCCAUAACUUGUUUGAAACCCAUGAGCACAAUGACUCCUCGCAUACCCAUAUGUGGGAGUGUGGAGGAAGCAGGUGGCACACAGAAUUAAGAAUAGGACCUGAGUUCUAACCCUAACUCUUACCAGCAACACUGGAUGACAUAGGGCAAAUCAUUCCUUUUUUUUUUUUUAAUUUAUUUAUUUUUGUUGUUUGUGAGGAAGAUUGGCCCUGAGCUACCA